CAUUCAUGGGCGCGAGUGCGGUUCCUGUCCUUUCUUCGACGCCGACCAUCUCUGAGCUGGUUGUCGGCGCGCUCGUACUAGAGAGGACGCCGCUGCGUAUCAAGACGAAGAAACGCAGACAAUACUACCACCACUUCCAACCACCCGCUAAUCGGUUCUAAAAUCAAGCUACGAAGUUUUAUCCGCUCCCACUAUGGCCAUGGCUAUCUCAGUGCGGCGGCGGUCGCUGUCGCGAGUUCUCUUCGCUUUCCUUCUGAUAUUCUUCGUUCGAGUGCUCUUCUUUUCUACACCAUCGGGGCCGACAUUGGCGAGGCAGGCGAAAGAUGUUGAGAUUCGGGAGCAGGGGUUAUUUGAAGGAAUCGGAACUACUUUCGAUGUGCAAAGUCAUUCGUGGUUUCAAGCGAGGAUGGGAAGAGAUGAGAGACAGGACAUCUUCAGCGGUGUGGUCAGAGAUGGCGUGGAUGAUUAUUGGGAACGGUAUCAGGUCCCUUAUAUGAUUAGCAAGGAAACAUCUAAUAUGGAUGCACAACAUGUCCGUUCCGCCAUCGACCAGCUCCUCUCACUCAAUGGAUGGGUAGCCGCUCUGUGUCCUACCCUUGCGCGACCCUUCGGACAAAACAGCAAAACAGAUAACUAUGAGGAUUUGGUGUUCGACGGAGCUCGGGAGCGGUAUUAUUUCAUCGCAAUUGUCAUCCACAGUGCGGAUCAUUUUCUGGUUGACCAGCUUGCGGUGAUCGUGCAAAUGGCGAAGAGACUUGGGACAGGGAAUAUCUUCGUGAGCAUGUUGGAUUAUGAUAGUAACGACAGCACGGAGACCCUGGUGGACCUCUGUGAGGCGGUCUUGACCCUUUUGGGUGUUCCGUUUAGAAUUCGAAGAGUCGGAGGCAUGACUGAGGAUCCAGCCGCCGCCUAUUACCCUUUGGAGGAAGCAUAUAUGCGGAAUUCGGCACUCGAGCCGUUGUGGGAGUUGCGAGACAAAAGAGGGGUCACUUUCGAUAGGGUCGUGUGGUUGAAGGGAUUUACAUGUCCAAAUGACAUUCUAGAGACAUUGAGGGUCAGUCUCGUUAACCAAGCGGGAAUGGUAUGUGGUAUGGACUGGGCAGAACAUGGUGGCGAUUUUAUUUUCAGCGAUAGAUGGCGCACACGAGACAUUGAAGGAGACCAAUUCCGUCAGAGUAAAAGCUCCAAUCGCGCAGAAGCGGGCGUACCUCCAAGGGACGAACAGGGCGCCCAGCGUUACGGCAAACACCUACCGUUCCAGGUCUUUUGCUGUGAAGCAGGCACCCAUAUCGUCGAUCCCUCCCAGACCUAUUACAAAGGUAUCCGCUACCGGGCUGGAUCGGACUUUCACAAUAUUAGUCGGACAGAUCCUGCGCCUGUUCGCGGCCCUGAGAGUCAGUGCUUGGAUAGCAGUCAAGCCUAUUUCUGCCGGGAUCUAUGGGUCCGAAGUGCAAGAGAGGGCAUGGAGGAGGGCUACCUGGAGAGGGGAGAAGGUUUACUUGAUAAGCAGCGAUUGCAUCGUCGGCAGGGUUUCGGUCACAAGCACAAGGAGGCUCAAGCCCAGCCCGCCGACCCCGACGCCAAUGCUGGUAGCGAUUACGAUGCAAUGGCGGAUGAAGAGGAGGAUCCUGGUCAGUGGGAAGGUGACAAGCUGGCCAUUCCCAACUCGGUGUUUCGGCCCGCCAGGAUACUUGCUAACCCUCGCUGUCCGACUACAUAUGCCGGCGUCAGUCAUACCCAGCUAGCUCGGGAUUUGUUUGGUGACGACCAGGGCAAGGAUAACGGCGAAGGGAAGAGCAGGUAUAUAUUGGAAGAUUGGGAAGGCGCACCAGAAAGUUUCGUCUGCCAAGAGCAGAGAACGACGGGUGGACGUGGAGCACCAAAGACGCAAAGGAGACUAGGCUUUUCGAUUCAUGAUGAGCUACAGAAGCUGUAGCAUUGAUUUUUUCGGUACUUAGCGUUAUAGAUUAUUAUGGGAUGGAUAAUACCACUAAUGGGAAGUAAUCUAAAUAAAGCUGGACAGUUCACUGCUGCG